UUAAUAGUUAGAAACUUAGAAUAAUAACCCUUGGCAGGAAAACCUUCUAGCUAGUAGUGCCGUAUAUGCCUCUCCACGGGAAGGCCUUCUUGGAACAGAGUGAAAAAUUGUAGCUUCCAUAUUCGGCCCAUACUUUUAACGCAAUAUAAUUAAAUGGGCUUCAACAAUAUGCACACAUUCGAUCCUUAAAAAGAAGAAAAAAAAAAAGAAGAAGAAGAACUUGGGUUCUUUGUCUUCCCCCCAUGCCGCUGAGCGCCGUCUUCUCAUUGCCAUUGGAAUUCGGAAGGGUUCCAUGUCUAUCUUCAGUCUUCUUCUUCGUAGAGAAAGAAGGCACCUUUCCAAAAUGGGUAUGAGAAAGAUAAUUCCUUCUAAUUCAGUGGGUUUCAGCAAAGCAUUUUCAUCAUCAUCCUCUGCUGUUCCGGAUGAAGCUCUGCAUUUCUUUGAUUACAUGAUCCGCAUGCUACCCCCUCCUCCUGUCUCUUCAUUCAACCAUCUGUUAGGUGCACUUGCUAAGAUGCAGCACCAUGAUCAUGUGAUUUCGUUUUUCCAAAGAUUGAACUCAGUUGGGGUAUUCCCUGAUAUUGGAACUUUUAACAUCUUGCUUAAUUGCUGUUGUAAAAUGGGUCUAGCUUCUGAUGGUUUUUGGGUUUUGGGGAAGAUUUUGAGGGGCGGUUAUAUCCCAACUUCUACCACUUUCAACACUUUGAUAAAGGGGUUGUGUAUGGACGACAAGAUUGGUGAAGCAACUAGGUUGUUUAAGAACAUGUCUGUCUUUGGCUGUCAACCUGAUGUGGUUACCUAUGGUAGCAUUAUUGAUGGCCUUUGCAAGCAUGAGAUGGUUGAAAAGGCAAAACAACUUUUCUCCCAAAUGAAGAGUAGAGGAAUUUCUCUUGAUGUCGUUGUUUAUACCUUUCUACUUCAAGGUUGCUGUUUCAUGGGUAAUUUGGAGGAGGCUAAAAGCUUAUUCAUUGAGAUGGUGGAUGAACGAGUGCAACCUAAUGUGGUUACGUUCACUGUUUUGAUUGAUGGACUUUGCAAGCAACAAAGGUUGCAAGAAGCGAAUGAAUUAUUAGACUUGAUGUUUCAGAGAGGUCAGCAUCCUAACACAGUUACUUAUAACACAUUGAUUGAUGGGCUUUGUAAAGCAAGGGAGGAUGGAAGAGGCAAAUAGAGUAAUAGGUUUGAUGAUCCAGAGAGGCAAUCAUCCUAAUACAAGAACUUAUAACAC